AUGGCUACGUCAGACUUUUCCGUCACGAUCGGCCAGCCAACGCUCGUCGCUCCGGAGACUCCGACGCCUCAUGAAUUCAAGUACUUAUCGAACAUCGAUGACCAAAUGGGCCUCCGUAAUCACAUUCCGUUCAUCCAUGUCUAUCGCAGGCCUCAAAAUGGGCCAGGCUGUGACCCUGGGCCAAUUAUACAUCAAGCUCUGUCUCGGGCUCUGAUUCACUAUUAUCCGUUAGCGGGGCGGCUGAGGAACGGAGGGAAGGAAAAGCUAGUGGUAGAGUGCACCGGAGAGGGCAUGGUUUAUAGAGACGCGGAUGCAGACGUUACGAUCGAACUGCUACGCAAAGCCAACGGGGGCAUCCGACCCCCAUUUCGACAUUUGGAUCGAUUUCUAGUGAACGAUGUUUGGGGAUGUAACUCAAUCAUAAACUCUCCUUUGCUUAGGGUUCAGGUACUAGUACAUUGCAUUGGGGCCCGGCCCAUGAAUUUAUUGGACUUCGUGUCAUCAACGGUUGACUUUAUCGAGGUCAACGGGAGGAGGGGGUUCUGCAGCGGGCUGGCGGCGUUGGUGGUAUCUGACAUGAGCAGGUUGAGGUUUGCUGAUGUGGACUUUGGGUGGGGUCUAGGGAUCUACGGUGGGCCCGCGAGGGCUGGCACUGGGGCUGUGCCAGGGAUGGUGACGUCCUUGGUGGGGUACAGGAGAGAGGAAGAUGACCGGGAGGGGCUGCUGGCUCUGGUUUCAUUGCCUCGCGAGGCAGUGGUUGCGUUUCAUAGGGAGGUGAGGAAGAUUGUGAUGGACGGUUUUGCCCCCGAACCUGUAAGGUCUGCUCUUUGAUG